UGUGAGCGUCGCUUUUGGUCAAUUGAUUCAAAUUUUUGACGCCUUAGAGAAAAAAACGGAUUGAAAAUGUAUAAUAAUUUAGAUUUAAAUGCUUUGACCAUCGAAGACAUAGUUGAAGAGUACAAGUUACUGCAUGAGCGUCAUAAGCGACUUAAGGAACGCAGCGAGGAGGACGCCCAACGCCUACACGAACUGAAACGCAGCCUAGACACAUCCUUGGCGGCGGAAAGAUAUUUAACACAGGAGCUAGAGCAUCUAAGUGCCCAAUCACAAGCGUCAUGUCCUACGCCAGAGCCGCGUAUGCAACAAGAAUUGGAGGAGCUGCGUCGUAAAUACAAGAACCUGCAGCUGGAGCAUGAAGCCUUGCAGCAGGACUACGAUGCCAAGGUUGAGGAUGCGGCCAGCCUCAAGGCGAAGCUGGAGAGCACAGUGCGCGAUAUGGAAUCGCUUGCCUUGGUGAAGGCGAACAGUGUAGACGAUGAAACCACAUCACGUUUUAAUGCACUGGAGCAGGAAAAUGCAGAGCUUAUGCAUAAAUUGGCCGAAUAUGAGGAGAUUAAAGUGAAAAAUACGUUUGCCGUAGCCGAGCAGGAGAAAACAAUUGAGAUAUUGAAAGAUAAAAUCGAUUGCCUGGAGCAAAAUCUGCGUAGCAAACGAGACGAACUCGAGGAGAAGCUGCAGGUGCUGGAGAGCACACAGGAGCAGCUGGUGGAUGCCAAUGCCAAAAUAGCGAUGCUCAGCAGUGCCCCGGAACACAAUGAUCGCAAAGGCAAUUCACUGUUUGCGGAAGUGGACGAUCAGCGGCAGGUGAUGAAGCACUUACUGGCCAGCCAAAAGAAGAGCUACCUGGACAUGAAGAAGAUAUUCAAUGAGAGCAAAUUCGAAAUACAUCGACUCAAGCGGGAGAACGUAGCCAUGCACACUGAGCUGCAAGCAUGCAGCACAAUCUUCUGCAGCGCUGACAGAACCUAUCAGAAUAAACUGAAUGAGCGCAUUCGCAAGCUGUUGCAGCAAAAUGCCAAACUUGAGAACGAUUUGAAUGUGACGCAGGAGCGCUUGCGCGAAUUGGCCAGGCAGAAGUCGGUGACUUGGCUUGAUUCCAUGCUGGAUUUCUGCAAACGCGAAACGGACGAGCUGAAGACCCAAUUGCACAGCCUGCACAUCCAAAAUGCCAUGCUCGAGGAACAGUUGCGCAACAUGCAACAGGACAUGGCACGCUGGCGCUUUGAAUCGCUGAAGUCACGCUGCGUGUUGAUCGAUCGCGAGAAUCUGCUGAUGGAGCACAAGAUUGCCUUUAAGCCCAUGAAGGCCAUGGAGUUCGAUAUCAAGGAAGCUGAAAUAAAAGCUGCCUUGCCACGCAUAGCCAGCGUCGCCGCCGCACCAGCCAACGUGACAACAAAAGCUGAAAUUAUUGUAUUGGAUACGCCGCUAAAGCCGCCCGCAGUUUGCGUCAAUGUGCAAACCGAUGUCAUUCUCUUGGACACUCCGCUUGAGCCUGAGCCGGAAGCAAACCCUCGACCUGCCAUUAAAUAUGCACAGCUCUCUUGUCCAAUUAAAGUAAAGCGUGAGGUGAUUGAGCAGCCAUCCACGGAAAACUCGGCCCAACAGGAGCAGCUGGAGCAGGUCGAAUGCAAAAAGGAGCCAGAGCAAACUGAUGUAAUCGAACCGUUGAGCGCUUCGUCUCCGUUAAUUAGCACUCCUCCCGUUGCGCAGAUUCGUGUAAAAAGCGAGCAACAGCUUAUGUUACCUGAAAUGGAAUCAGCUGAGGCAUCUGCUGAGCUUCCUCCUCUGCCUGCCAAGCCUCAGCGCAAGGGCACGCCUAUCAAAUUACGUCAGAUCAAAGCAGAGAUUGAUGAUGAGGAGGAGCAGGAGCAAGCUCCAACACCAGCCAAGCCGCAGCGCAAGGGUACGCCAGUUAAAACAAAGGAGGAGCCGCUCGAGUUUUAUGAAAUUUGUGAGGCAAAACCCUUGCGCAAGGGCACGCCAGUCAGAGUCAAAGCUAGUGCCAUGGGCACUGAGGUCUCUGGUCACUGUGCAGUGCGCUCCAUACUAACAAAGAAGCGCGACCUGUUUGCCGAGGAUAACCAAAAGAAUGUCCAGUUCAGCAGCAAUGCGCCCAUCGUGCACAAUCUGAGUCCUGAUCUGUGCAGUCCAGCACCGUGCAGCAAGGAGAAUGCACAGCCCGAUAGCCAGGAUGUAAAGCCGGUCAAGAAAUCACAGAGCAUCAUACGACGCAUUGUUGUGGCAUCCAAGAAGCCAGCGAGCUCUUAAGCAGAACGCCAAAUGCAUAAUUACAAAUAAAGUGUUUAAUUAAAGCUAAGACUUAGGCAAUAAAUUACACACCAAACAACAACGAGACGUACAAACUUAAUAGUUCUUGCCGAUCCAAGGGCCACACAUGGACACUUAGUGCAUCAGCCAUCAAGAUGGGGAAAUACGUAAACCUGGAAUGAUAUAACUUAGAUUUAUGAAAAGCCUUAAACAAAAUUUUUGUAUAAGCUAAAGCUAAAAUG